AUGGAAAGGCCUGUGGGCCUUCCACGAAUGCUUGUUCCUUAUCAGGAUAUUUUCAACGCUCUUUCCAGAACAAGCUAUAUACGCCACAGGUAGAUGCUCCUUUUAGAUGCUUCCUCCUUCCACACGCACACACGUUUGGGAUAUCUCCGCGGCCUUUGUUCCAAUUGUGCAAAGUUUGCGGAAAGCAAUUAUAUUUAGAUCAUUUGCUCUAUUUCGUAUGAGAAUGACUUUUCUGCUAAAACGUUCACAGCAAUAGGCUGUUAAUAUGUAGCAAUACAUGUACAGGGUGUAUAAAAAAACUGAACAGAUAUGAAUUUGCUCUCAAUUUCGAAAAACAGCUAUUAGUAUCCAGUUUUUUAUGUAUAUACCUUCUUUGGGUACUUAUAAUGUAGAGCAAUGAAAAAAAUUUCUCGAACUCAAAUUUUGUGUACCAGGGGAGUAUGUCUUUUCCAACAAACUAAAAAUGGCUUGCGCACGGAAUUUAAAAGCUUUAAUCAUAUUUUGAGUUAAUAUAUGCAACAUUUGUUGGGUUUUUAAUUACUGUACAAAUUUUCAGAGAAUUUGCUUCAGUUUAAGCCCUUUUAACUAUUCAUUUUUUCCUAAAAAAUCAGCCUUUCACAUGCUUAAUUAAUGCCUUUGCCGCCUAAUUUGCAUAUUGCUGACAUAUGCAUAUUAGGCAAAGGCAUUAAGUCAGGUCUUAAAAUGUAUAUAUACUCACUUGGAUUACUAACCCUAACAUUCUAAUAUUAAUUCCACCAAGUGAAGUGCAAGAAAGUAAAUCAUUGACGCAUGCAAAUAGCUGAUUCUUAAGAAAAAAUGUAAGUUUGCGUGAAUAGAAGAGGGCUUAAACUAAGCCAAAUUGUCUGAAAUUUUGUACAGUAAUUAAACACCCAACAUAUUUUCAGUCUAUUGACUCAAAAUAUGAAUAAAAUUUUAAAUUUCGUGCGCAAGCCAUUUUUAGUUUCUUGGAAAAGAGACACCCCCCUGGUUCACAAAAUUUGACUUCCAGAAUUUUUUUUCAUUCUACAUUAUAAGCACCCAAAGAUGGUAUAUGUACAUAAAAAACUGGAUAUUAAUAGCUGUUUUGCGAAAUUGAGAGCAAUUUCAAAUCUGUUCAGUUUUUUUUAUACGCCCUGUAUAGUGGUGUCUGCUAAUUCGUUGUUGUAUCCAUAGGUACCCUGAUUACCGUGGUUACUUGUACAUAAAUGACGACAUGAUUGUGAACUGGUGGACAUUCCACAAGCUUGAUAAGGAGAAAUUUUGGUUGGGUGCGAAAUUUGUGGUACAUGGAGUUCAUACCAUGUGGAAACGACCACUAAUAACCAAAUGGAGUUGGUGGAAGUCGUCUGCAAAGCCUUGUGAAGACUCUUACUCAGAAAUCAUUAAACAAUAUCGCUCAAGUGAAUAUAUGAAUGUCACGAAAUUGAUAGAAACUCAUCUUGCAAAUGGCGAAGGAGUAAAGCGUUGUUUCAACACGUGGUCAGAUCUAUUUUAUGUACCCAAGAAGUUCACUGAUCAGUGGCAGCGGAUCUCUACUGUGUUUCAUAAAAAUCGAGUAUUUUUGGAAGUUUCAGUGCCGACCAUUAUGAGUUUCAUAGACUUACAAAGUUCAUGGGAAUUUCAUUUGGGGUUGUAUCUACCGGACAAAUAUGGCUGGCGUAAGUUUCAUGAUGGAAAAUUAGUUUGGGAAAAUUAUAAUUAUACUAUUAAAUUUAUGCAUCCUGUUAAAUAUCAUGCGGCCGUAUCCAAAAUUAACGUAGAAAAGUUAAAGAAUGACGUAAUUCCUUAUUCUAAACGGUUCUUAAAAUGUUAG